AUGGCUUUCGCAGAGAACUCACCACUGACCCCUCACCGCCGCGACCUCUGCAGCCGCUCUAUCUGGCUAGCAAGGAAGAUCCGUUCAGACCUGACUACUCUUAUGGAAUCUUAUGUCAGCCAUCAGGGUCUGAACAAGAACAUCAACCUGGACUCUGUGGAUGGAGUGCCAAUGGCCAGUACUGAUCAGUGGAGCGAACUGACGGAGGCACAGCGACUCCAGGAGAACCUCCAGGCAUAUCGUACCUUCCACGUUAUGUUGACCAAGCUUCUCGAAGACCAGCGGGUGCAUUUCACUCCAACUGAGGGCGACUUCCACCAAGCGAUACACACCCUGCUCCUCCAAGUCGCCGCCUUUGCUUACCAGCUCGAGGAGCUGAUGGCCCUUCUGGAGCACAGGAUCCCUGCUGUUGAGGCUGACAAGAUGCCUGCUGUUGGCGAUGGUGGUCUCUUUGAGAAAAAGCUGUGGGGUCUGAAAGUGCUACAAGAGCUUUCCCACUGGACAGUGAGGUCUAUCCAUGAUCUUCGUGUCAUUUCUUCUCAUCAGACUGGAAUCCCUGCCCAUGGGAGCUAA